AGAGAAACAAACUACAAGGCUACAAUACAAUCCUUCGUUCCCCAAGGGGAGAGAACUGAGCAGAGCACCAGACCUGUGGAAUCGAAGAAAUCGAAGAGUAUUCUUCCAAGAGAUCGAAGGAUCAUUUACCCCAAAGAAAAAGAAAGCUUUGCCAGGGUCUCGUAUAAAAACCUAUUAUUUGGUUCCUCAUUGGCCAUUAGUUAAAGAACUCUCGGAUCAUAAGGGAAUUUGGUUUCGCACCAAUGGCUUUGACGAACUUCGUUCUCACUGUCGUCGGCGUAAGUGCCGCUAUUCUUCUCCUUAGGAGUGAUGUCAAACAAUCUGCUGCGGUUUUCAGGCGCAACGUUCGCCAUAUUCGCCAGUGGCUCGAAGAAGAAUCUACUGCUGCUUCUAAGACCAUGGAGAAGUCAAAACCCAAGGAAUUGGAAUCUCAGGUUCCGCAGAAGGAUAUUCCCAAGGAGGACAAGCACUGAUGUUUGUACGGAGGCUUGCAGUAUAUUAAGAAACAAUCUCAGGUGCAUCUAGGUUACUAUCAGGGUAAUGUGCAAAAAGCGUCUUGUUAGCUUUUCUUUUUUUGAUGCGUGAUCAUGUUUAUUUAAUAUCCUGAUAUCCUCUUUUCUUAGAAAAAUUUUAAUCUACUUUCUGAUGUAUUGAGAAAAUGGAAUUAAAGAAAGCGGGAAAAGGGGGAGACAAAAGAGGCCACUGUUUUGUAAUUUACUUGGGUCAUUCUUCUUUGGCUACUCUGGUUUAAGUGCAAUUGGAUGGUUAGUGGUUAGACAUGAUCAGUGAAAUGUACCAUUGGAAUAAAAUGAAAUGCCAUCUUAUAUACUGUUCUAGUCA